CUGAGCGUUACUCGGUGCGCGCCGCCUGAAAGCGCUCCCCUGAACUCUCUCUAAAACUCCGUUAAAGCUCGAGGAAGCGCCGGCAGGGAACGUGCACGGACUGUGUAGGUGCCCUUCUGGCCUGAAAGGCAGCCACACGCACGUUGCGUUGGGAAGCCAGGUGUGAAUUACGGCGCGGGAGAGGAGUAGUGAGGCAGGUUGCCAUGGCUCGGCUGAUAGAAGGUGGACUGAGAAGAGUACGAGCUGCAAGAAGGCUGCACCAUGCACCAGGGUACCAGAGGUCUUUGAAGAGUCAUUUGCUAUGUUUCAACUCAGCAAAGCAAGGACUUUGAGUGUUCCAGUUCUGUCACAAAGAUAUGAAUGGUCCUGAGACAGAUGAAGAAUGUAAAUAAGCUUCUAGACCAAAGCGUAAGACAAAGAUAGUGAAGAUGAGAAUUCAGACAGCAGCUCCAGACUCCAGAGGACUGCAAGUUUUGGUGAUGAAGCAUCCUGUAAAAAACGAGAGGAUUAUCUGGAAUGGCCUGAAUAUUUUAUGGCAGUCGCAUUUUUGUCAGCGCAGAGAAGCAAGGAUCCAAGUUCUCAGGUUGGUGCCUGUAUUGUAAAUUCAGAAAACAAGAUUGUUGGAAUUGGGUACAAUGGGAUGCCUAAUGGCUGCAGUGAUGAUGCACUACCUUGGACAAGAACAGCAGCACAUAGAUUAGACACAAAGUAUCCUUACGUGUGCCAUGCUGAACUGAAUGCCAUCAUGAACAAAAACUCAGCCGAUGUGAAAGGGUGCAGCAUGUAUGUUGCCUUAUUUCCAUGUAAUGAAUGUGCAAAGCUCAUCAUCCAGGCAGGCAUAAAGGAAGUGAUUUAUAUGUCUGACAAGUAUCAUGACUCUAUUGAAAUGACGGCGGCACGGCGGAUGUUUGAUUUAGCUGGUAUUGUAUACAGGGAAUUCAAGCCAAAAUGUAACAAGAUCAUCAUCGACUUUGAUUCAAUUAACAGCAGACCAAGUCAAAAACUUCUGUGAAUUAAGUCCCAUUAUAUCUCUAGAAGACUGUGAUUAUCCUUCUCUAAAAAGCUGCUAAUGCCUUUCAUCUUGAAGUUACUUGCAACUUUUUAAUGGCUUCUACAGUAAAGUAGACUUCUAAGAAAUGUAAGGCAUAAAAUGUUCCUCUCACUCCAUCUUGUCACGUGGAAUCUAAAUCAACUUAAAAUUUUUAAUGCCUUUAUCAAAUCUGCUUUAAAAGUCUAGGAAUGUAGAUGAGACAAUAUAAUCCAUGUACAGAAAACUGUUCUGGUUCUCGAUGCAUUCAUCACCACAUGCUCUGAUUGGCUGUCAGCACUGAUUUAGAGUCAGUUAAACAGCAGUUCUUAUAGUAACCAGUGGUACAUUCAAAUAUGCUAAUAUAUGUUGAUCUCUCUAUUGGAUGUGUGGAUCUAAAUAGCUGAUCCUAAUAAAUGACAAAAUGUGUUAUCCAUACAAAUACCAAUCUUCUAACUCGCAUAACACUAGUGUUUUAAAAGGUUAUACAGAUUAAAGUAUAUAUUGUAUUUUACAUGUGUUACCCAACAAAAGGAAGUUGAUUUUUCCAUUAACUGCUAUCUAAUACUGUUAUACUUGUGCAGUGGUGAGACAGGAAGUUGUUCUGAGAGUGGUCGAUGCUGGAGCAUGCUUUAGAGACCUUUCAAUUCUUUUUUUUUUCACCAGGACUCCAGAAUUGAAGGAGUUAGAAGGAGUAUAUCAUUUCUCUCUUACCUUUGGGACACCUAUUUGGAGUUGGUUUUCAGGUAUAGAAGGAAAUUAGUUUAUUGGUCUAAGUUCAUUCUAGACGAUCCAAUACAGUUCAGUCUUAAAAUUAACCUGUAAGAUAACUCAAUCAUUUUUUUGCCCUUUGAGAGAAAUUGGAGAUACUCAACCCAUAUCCACAUCUGAGCCAAAAGAGGUAAUUAUUAUGGUGUUAGCUUGUUUCUCAGUGCUGGCGUAGUACUUUCAUUUCUUAAAUGUUGCCUAAAAUAAUAUCCUUUUUAAUUUUAUUUUGAGAUCUGGGAAUAUAUUUU